UGGAGUUCCAGGUAAAGACAUCUUCUGUGGCAUCUUAGAGAAAGAGACAGUUAAAAGUUUGUUCUUACUGUUUCCAGCACUCCUGAAGUGCUAACAGCAGCUAGAGCCAGAAGAAUAUUGGUGUCGUAAGUGAAUGUAGAAAACUAAAAGACUGGGUUCACGUGGGACGUUUAUUUUACUUGGAGGUCUGGCUUCCUGCCAUGUGUUCAGGCAAUAAAUUGGCUGUAACAGAGCUGCUUCUAGCAUUCUGCUGAGUAGAAGUAUCCAAGCAGACACAAUAGGAGGCAAAAUAAGGACUGAAAAGUGAAGCAACUCGGGUUAUCAGGAUUUUUCAAGUGCUCCUGCAAUGCUUCUCCGCUCAGGCCGCAGAAAGCCGUAUGAAGUGUCUUUCCGUGGAAGGAAGUCUGUUAAGAGGAAAGCUCUGCUGAGAACUGUAAAAACAGAUUCCAAAAAGUCAGCAUUUAGUUUGCGAGAAACACUGAAAUGCUAUAUACUGACUGAAGAUUCAAAAACAGUGCAUUUUGACAUAGAUGAAGAUGGUCACCAUGAAAUAUCAACCAAGGAUUCACAGUCCCAUGAAGAUAUUGCAUGGUUAAGCGUGUUUACGAGGAAUGAACCAGCAGUUACUGAUUCUAAAAAUUUGGUGAUCCUCACUCAGAGAUCAAAGCUUAAUGAAUUUGUGCUAUUGUGCAAGGGUAAGAAGCGUCUCUCUCUGAAGGUCUUAAAAGCAUCCUGUUCAGAGCCAGAUUAUCAUUCAGUGGAAAGAUGUGACAUGAAAACAUGCAACCAUGAAGAUCCUGACGUCAAACAGCUGAGUGAAGAUAAUCACUUUUUCAUCAUGCAUUACCAAGGAGAUUCAGUGCAGUUCCAGUGCUAUGAAGACACAAGUUACUACCUGUAUGUGAAUGAUGACUCACUUGAUAUUCGCAAGCUGGAAAACAAAGAACCCAAUAAGGACAAAAAUUUUUACUUCAGGGUGUCAUAUUUACAGGAAAAAUAACUUGUCUAACUUGCAGUGGCCUAAGUGCCCAGCAACUCCUAUAAUAAGUUAACAGAAAAGAAGGAAUGUUGAGAUCAGCUAAUUUCCAUUCUGUCUUAACUUUUACUUCUUUGUAGUUUCCUUGCAUGAGUAUCAUCCUUUAUUUCUGUACUUUCAAUAGGAAAAGAGAAGGGCUAAAUUUGAAAAACAUAUUAACUGGUCAGUCUUUUUUUGUCUUACCUGCACAAUUAUGCUUUUAAGGAGCUGAAUUCUUCUGGAAGGGGAAAAAUACACAGGGGAUAUUUCGAAGACAGGAAGAAAAAGGAAGCAUACGUGGAUAUGAAACACUAAGCACAGUUAGUUCUCUGUGGGGUAAACAUUUCACUUUUUAAAAUGUCUCUUAUAAGCUCACCUGAACUUGAGAAGAAAACAUUUAGAAGUAAUUAAAUGGAUAUGUGUAUGUCCUGUCUGACUGACUGACUUCGGGAAAGGAGUGGAAAAGGCAUCUCAGGUUUGAGAACAAAGGAAGAGGCUGAAGGAUAGGCAAAUUUCUCUGCCCUUGUAGCUCCAUGUCAGCCGAUAUACUCCAUUAUGCAAUUUCAGCAUCUAUCCUGCAUGGCAGCUCUCUAAGAAAAUGUACACUAAGCAUCAGACUCACGAUGCGCAGGCAGAGGGAGGGAGGCACAUUGAACUGAUGGGGCAUAGCACAUGCCUGUGAACACCGACAGAAAAUUGCUGUGACAUAUUGGCUUCCAUUUCUGAAUCAUAGAGUGAAACACAGUGAUGUUCAGCUGAAAAGCAGAGUGCAGAGCAACACCUGAUAAAGAAUGACAUGUUCAAAAUGACUGAAUAAAGUAAAAACUAGGCAGUUGUGUGUAGUACACUGGAGGAGCACCUGCCUUUUAGCAACAGGGUCUGUCAGUGUGAAAUGUAAGGUGCUGACACUUAAACGUCCACAGACCGUACCCUGCAAGGAGUAAAACAUUUGUAAUACAAGGGGAGACAAACCAAAAGUGAUCAGGAUCUCUAGGUGUUAAAGAUCUGAUUUUCCACUGCUGUGUAUGUAAUGCCACUGUGAUUUUGUGGCAAUUUUCUUGCAUGCAAGUCAUUUGAUGCAAGUAGGCGUCAUUUGAUGCAAGUAUGUGUAUAAAUGACAAACGUUAUGCACCCAUGCCAAGAGGUUGUCGCUUAGUUGCAGUGGAACAACCUAUAAGCUACACAGCACUUGCAGGAACCGUUCUGUGUAAGUAUAAUCAACAACGCAUGCCUGAAAUAGGAAUCCUAGCACCAGUCAAUCACACCAAUGCCCAUUACAAUAAGGCAGUUACCUAUAGUAGUCCAAACUCCAAAGGUCUGUGAGAUCUUAAAAGAUUCCCUCCCCGCCCCCCGCCACUAGAAGUAUGGAGUUUCACUGCUGGGCUUGUGUUCUUCAAACAGUGAAAAUCAAUCUGUUACUUCCAAUGCUGCCUGAAUAGAAGAGAGCUUUUUAGUAUUCCCUAAAUAACAUAACUUCUGGAUCUGUUAAGAGUUCAGUAAAGUCAGUGGGAAGAAAAAACCCCAAAUUCUAGAUAUUGACUUCAGCAUACGUUACACUAGUAUUAAAUUGUUGUAGCACUAUCUAUCAUGUUGCACAAUAAAUUCAGUUAUGUAUCAGGUAUAAUAAUUUAUAGAAUCAUAGAACAGUAUGGGUUGGAAGGGACCUUUAAAGGUCGUCUAGUCCAACCCCAUUUCACUAUCUGAUACACUAACACUUCAUAGUCUGCAUUUAUUAUUGGCAAUGUGGUCAGCUUACUAAAUUACAGAACAUGCUCUCUAGAUGGUAAGUUGAUGAAAUGAUGACAACUCAUCAUAAAGCACAUACAAAGCAUACUAAUGAAAUCACCAUUACUGAUGUCAGCAAAAAAAGUAUCCUUGACAUCAGUGAAUUUUGAAUCUUUUUUAUAGAUAAAACUGAAAUCAUGGUUCUAUGGAGAAUUUUGUACUUUUACUAUCUACCCUAAAAAUAAGAUUUUUUUUUAACCAUUUAAGGGACAAAAGCCCUUAUGGAAAGCAGCAGUGGUAAUUUUGUAAAGUUUCAGAUGUGAGAUGUAAGAUAGUAAUGUCAUUUUACAAUUUUUCUCAGGAAACACUAUAAAUUCAGGCAGCUUUGUAACUAUAGAUGUACACAGAAAAACAAGUUAUCACUUCCUUGAUCCUAAUCUUUCCUGGAUUCUUGUUUUGCUCAUACAACUCUUCAAACUGUCAUUUUCAUAUUCCCACUAACCUGAGUGUCUCAUUAGUGGCAGAUAAGUUUUUCUUUUUUGAGUCAGAAAGCAUGUAGAAAUUUUAAUUGAAAAGCAGAGAAUGAACCAGUGAGUCUUUUAGAAAAAUAUAGCCUCUAACACUUUAGAAUACAAAAACCAUUUAUCAAAUGCAUUUAACAGUUGAAUUUGAAAUAUAAUUACUAUUUUGCAGUUUAUUUUCAAAGCAGAACUGAUAUUCUUUAACUUUUACUUAGCAGAUGUGAUAGGUAUUAAAAUACUAAUAGAAACAUUUUGCUCUUUUUUCUCCUCUUCAAAAGCUGUGCUUUAAAGAAAACACCAUGUUUUGUUUGCUGCAGAACAAUUUAAUGCAAGUAUUCUUCACAUAUAACUUCUAAUACUUCGACUGUGUUUGUGACUUGUUAGAAUAAAACUUGUGAGAAUAGCAUCAGUAACUAUAAAUAACGUGAUCCUUAUGCUAGUUAAUCUGACAAAAGCUAACCAAAAUGAUGUAUUUAAUACAGGGUACUAUAUUGUCUCAGGAUCUAUGUGCUAAUUUUUCAGGAAACCAGAGUUCUUUCAGCCAUGAAGAAGGAAUGAUCAUUUACAGUGAAAAAAAUAAAAUCACUUACAGUGAAAAACACUGAAAACUGGUAAAAGAAUGACUGCAUUUAAGUGUGAGUUUAAGAACAAUCGUCCUAUGUUAAAGCAAGAGACUGGCAGCAAGCCCCACUAGCCGUGAAAUAUGUUUGUAGUAUAAAUACUGUUACAUACCACCUUCAUUAUGGAUAGAUGAAAGAGCUAGACAUUAGAAUUAAAAAUUGUUAGUCUAAUGAAUGCUUUUACAGUAUAAACAAAACUUUACAAUCUAGCACUAGUGCAAUUGCAACAGUUGUUGUUGUAAGUAAUCCAAAUCAUGCACUUCCUAUUGAGAAUCUUUAGUAACACAACACGUCAACAGACAAAGACUCGUUUAUGCCUCUUCCCUGGUGUGAAGUUCUCACCCUUGCAGUUACUCAGUCUGAAGUCAAGGGCCUUCUUCCUCUGAGCUAGGAUGAUGUGAUGCUGUUGACAUUACAAUAAAUAUAAUAUAUAUAUAUAUCUUGUAGUUCCCCACUGAUUUUGAUAGAAGAGUAUUCUGUUUGAGUGUUGCUGCUUUUAGAUAUAUGUGGCAUGAAUUUUGAAGUAGAGGGUGUGUAUAAACAGAGAUUUUUAAAAUGUCAUCUUGGUUUUGUUUCUAUUUGUCCAAAAUUUGUCUAACCAAAGAAGUCAUAAGCAGGCUAAAUUCCUUCAAUGUUUGUGUGCUUUAAAUGCAACUCCUCAUAUUCCCUGUACAUGUGAAUAGCUGCAGAGGAGCAGAUUCUGUACCAGCUACUCUCUUCAUUGUCUCUGGCAAAUUACAUGGGUUAACUAGCAGUAAGGACGAUAAACAGCAGCCAACCGACCUACAUCUCCUACUAACAUACAGCUCAUAGAAGCCGUCCUUCUCUAGCACCAUCUCGUGGAAUUCAGGUGAACGGCUCUAACAACCUUGGAUCCAAAGUUUACCACAGCAGCAAGUUACGAAUAAGUUCUCAGCAGCCUGAAAAUAAAAAUAAAAAUUUAUUUUUCCAAACCUUGAUAUUUAUUUCCAACCAGUGUAGGGCCUAGAUUUCUUGUGUUGGGAAUGACUGAAGGGGACAGCCAAGCAGGUGAACGAAAGAAAACUUGCCCCUCUAUUUGGCAUUUGCGAGGCCAUAUCUGCAGCACCGUGUUAAGUUUUGGGCUUUGCAGCAUAUCAGCAACGCUGAGCAAGGGAUGUUUAGGAGAAUGGAGCAUGCGAGGAGGAGAAGCUAGUGCAGCAGGGUUUGUUUAGCCUGGAGAUAAGAGGGGUGACUCUUCACUCCCCAGCUGAAGGGAGAUUGCAGAGAUGGAACGACGCUUUCCUAAGAGGUGCACAGUGGAGGAAAAUAGGCAGUUGUCACAAGUUGUAGCAAGGGAGAUUUUGACUGUCUUUAAAGAAAAGGG